AUGUCGGCUUCUUUAGCCCCCGAAUGCAACCAAGUCAAGGAACGAUACGACAACUGCUUCCUCAAGUGGUACAGUGAGAAGUUUCUGCGAGGCACUGCCACGACCGACGAAUGCAAGCCGAUAUUCGAGCAGUACGAGAAAUGUCUUUCGAGGGCUUUGAAUGAACGUGGCAUCGACAAGAUGCUAAAGGAAGUGCGAGACGACAACAAAGAAAAUGAUGCUGAGCACAUGAAGCCUGUUGGUCUCGGCGUUCCAAUGCCGCUUCUCGCUCCUGCGACUGCUACAUGGGCUUUUCCCUUUGCGGCAUACUACAUUUUCCUCCAGAACCGCAUUGCUUACCACCGCAUCACCUCAAAGACUUUCAUGGGUGACAAGUCGGAUGACUCGAAAGGUGUCACAGAUCCUCUAUAUGUGGCCACGCGUGCGCAGCUCAACUUUGCCGAGAACGUGCCAUUGGUCUUGGGAGUGGCGCUCCUCGCUGAGCUCAACGGAGCCAACAGGACCUACAUCAAUUACGCGCUUGGUACUCUCCUUGCGCUCCGUGUCAGUCACGCAGAGCUUGGCUUGAUGAUCAAGGGAUCUACGGCUCCCGGAAGGAUCGUUGGUUACUACGGCACUCAGGCUGUACUUGCAGGCAUUGCUGGAUACGCGACCCUCGGCAAACACGUGUCCGCCCUUCCGAACCUUAGAAUCUCUUACUUGUCGCUAUCUACAGCCUCGAUACUCGAAUUCUCUGGCGGCGCAAUGGAGGCAGCGUCUGCGCGCAUGGCCGCCCGGGAUCGGUACGGCGCAUUCGGGGAGGCGCCCAGUUCACCACUGCAGCGCUACAUAUUGCAAGCUUGCGAUCCGCAGAACUUCGAGCCCAACCUGGCCUUGAAUCUCGAGAUCUCCGACUUGAUCAAUAGCAAGAAAGGCUCAGCGCCUCGAGAAGCAGCUGUUACCAUCGUGCACUACGUCAACCACCGCAAUCAGAACGUUGCCCUCCUCGCGCUCAAUCUCCUGGACAUAUGUGUCAAGAAUUGCGGCUACCCCUUCCACCUCCAAAUAAGCACAAAGGAAUUCCUCAAUGAGCUUGUCCGUCGAUUUCCCGAACGUCCGCCUGUGCAUUCGACGCGUGUACAAAACAAGAUUCUCGAGCUGAUAGAAGAAUGGCGACAAACCAUAUGUCAGACGUCGCGGUACAAAGACGACCUAGGGUUUAUAAGAGACAUGCAUAGGCUGCUGAGUUACAAGGGCUACAUCUUUCCUGAAGUACGCAAGGAAGAUGCGGCGGUCCUUAACCCCAGCGACAAUCUCCGCUCGGCAGAAGAAAUGGCCGAAGAGGAACGGGAGGCACAAUCUGCGAAACUCCAGGAAUUGAUCCGUCGUGGUGGGCCUGCGGACCUGCAAGAAGCGAACAAGCUCAUGAAAGUAAUGGCUGGGUACGAUACCAGGAACAAGACCGACUGGCGCGCAAAGGCCGCUGAAGAAGUUGGAAGAAUACAGCAAAAGGCAAAGAUACUGGAGGAGAUGCUGCAGGGCUACAAACCGGGCGAUCAGAUCAAAGAGGGCGAUGAACUUGCGAAUGCCCUCCAAAGCGCCCAACCAAAGAUCCAGAAAAUGUGCGAAGAAGAUUCCGAAGACCACGAAGCCGUAGCAAAGUUGUUCGAAAUCAACGACAGCAUACACCGAACAAUAGAGAGAUACAAGCUCUUCAAGAAAGGUGACAUAGAAGCCGCAAAUAACAUACCCCAAGGCACGCUUGGCCGCAGUGGUGCUGGCGUUUCCCAGGGUCCAAACAACACGUUGAACUUGAUCGACUUUGGAGACCCAGAGCCCGCGUCUCACACAGCAGGAUCGUCACAGGCACCUCAACAGCCGGCAGCCGCAGGCAAUGCUCUUGAAGAUGAUCUUCUAGGACUGUCGUUGAGUGGAGAUACCUACGGACAGCAGGGUAGCAUUUCUUUGGGAGGUUCGAAUGGCUCAGUCCUAGGCAUGUCCGGAAUGGCAGUGCCACAAUCACAAAAGGCAUCGAACCAGGCCAUCACCGAUCUCUUCUCAGCAGGACCGAAGCCAACACAAUCCCAAAUCACGUCACCCACUCCGUCUACCUUUUCACCGCCCCCAAUACAGCCAGCGCGCACACCGGAUCCUUUCGCUGCUCUUACAUCCACACCACGCCAAAGCUCACCUUUCCAAUACCAGCAGUCGGUCAAGCCCCCACCAGUGGCAUCCGGUGCUGUUGAUCUACUAGGUGGUGGCAUGCCUGCGCCGUCAACCAAUUUGACACAAAGCAGCGCUACUGCUGAUGACGACGACGAGUGGAACUUUGCUUCAGCUGUGCCAGAUACUUCCAAGGAGAUAACUGUCACCAACACGAGCAUCAAUGUUCUUUUCAACAUCUCGAGAGAAUCGGACUCCACCUUGCUGAUCCAAUCACGGGUAUCGAACAACACACCGCUACCAAUCUCCAGUCUGACACUGCAGGUUGCUGCAUCCAAGGGCGCCCAACUGCAAUUGGAGCCACAGUCUGGCGUCAACCUCGGACCACAUCAGAAAUUCGGAAUUACGCAGAACAUCCGCGUGAACAACGUGCAAAGAGGGUCGGGGAAUAAUGUCAAAAUGAGGUGGAAGGCUACAUAUUCCCUUGGUGGACAGCAGAAGAACGAGAUGGGAGAAAUUCCGAGCCUUGACAUAUUAUUCAACAUGGUGCGCCACAAGAAAGACUUCAAGGGCAACAACAAGUUCAAAAAUCCCGCGAAAGCACGCGGUCCUCCCCGCCCCCGCCGCGCAUCGGAUGCAGAUGAGAACGAUGGCGACAAUCCGAGGCCUGCGAAACCAGAGUUCAAAGCCGCAUGCUGGGACCUCGGACACUGCGACGCCAAGCGCUGUUCUGGAAAGAGGCUCAUGCGCCUGGGCAUGAUGCGCGAGCUUCACGUUGGACAGAAGUUUGCAGGUGUCGUGGUUAGCCCGAAGGCAAAGAAGAUACUUAGUCGCGAAGACAAGGACUUGAUGGAACAAUAUGGCGCUGCAGUUGUGGAAGCCAGCUGGAAGAGGAUAGACGAAGUCCCUUUCGGCAGGAUAGGUGGCAAGUGCGAACGUCUACUUCCGUACCUCGUUGCUGCGAACCCAACAAACUACGGUCGACCAUGGCGGCUAAACUGCGUGGAAGCUCUUGCCGCUUGCUACUAUAUCACCGGGCAUCCCGAAUGGGCCGAAUCAAUUCUGUCGACGUUCUCAUACGGCCAGGCGUUCCUGGACAUCAACGCUGCGCUGCUCAAGCGUUACAUGGCAUGCGAGAAUGAAGAGCAAAUCAAAAAGGCUGAGGAAGCCUGGCUGGAGAAGAUUGAGCGCGAAUACAACACGAGCCGAGAAGAGAAAGAAGAUGGCGCUGAAGAGGAUGUUUGGGCUGGCGGAAACAUGAACCGAAGGGCCAUCGAUGAAUCAGAUGAUGACGAUGAUGAUGAGAAUGAUGAGGGUAAUGAGGAUGAAGAAGACGAAAUCGACCCGCGAAACCCUUACAAUAUUCCAGAGUCCUCAGACGAUGAGGAGGAGAUGGCAGAGCUAAGGCGCCGUGUCCUGGCAUCGAAGCCCUUCACCAACCCCACGCCAAAAGAUGCGGAGGAAGAAGAAGAUGAGGAUGACAAGAAGACACCCGAACGUAUACCUCGAACUGAACCUGCGCCAGGAAAUGCCAAGGCGGGCGAGGAGGAUGACAGCGAGCCUGCAGAAGGCGAUGCCGACGACGAUGAGUUUGACAGCUUCAUGGCUGCACAACCCAGAACAGAUCGUACAGGGAUAGGAAGCAAGCAAAGAUCAAAGGCUAUGGAUAGCAAGUACAAGGCCACUUUUUCGAGUGGCAGUGUGAAAGCACCCAGCGGGCGAGGCUAUCAAUGA